UAAUUUCAAAAUUCUGGUGUUUUUCGGUGGUGGUUGUUGGUUGUAGUUUCGCGUCAGGCAACCAGUAAUACAACAAAGCACACAAGAAGUAAUAUUUGUGGUGAAAACGCCAGAAUUCACGUUGUUUCGUGCUGUUUAUGCUAGUUCGUGUGAAAAACCGUCGAAAUAAUGUAAAUUCAGCCUUUUCCAGAACGAGGCUCGGGGAGAGGAUGGUCAGUAUGAACUCGACCCUCGUCGAAACGGUCAGCAUCAACUAUGAAGACUUCAACGAAAGUUUCCUCACUUGCGGCACAUGUCUAUAUGGCCUCUGGACCGGCAUGUACGACGGCAACGAGCACACACCGAAACUUCUUCAAUGUUCACACACUGUUUGUCUUCACUGUUUGACGAAAAUCGCCGCUUCACAAACGAGAGACACGGGAUCCUUCCGAUGUCCCAUCUGCAGAGAAUUGAUAACAAUACCACGAGGGGGCGUUUCGGCUUUACCACCCUCGUUUUUAGUCAACCAGUUGCUGGAUCUCAUGUCGAGACAGAGGAGAGAAGUGAUUCCGAAAUGCUCGGUGCACAUCAACCAGGAACUGCUUUUCUGUGAGACGUGCGAUACUGUUUUUUGCACACUCUGCACUGAAGGAUCUCACAAUGAUACGACCAAUAGUUGUGAACACACGAUCAUCCCUUUUUCGAUCGCGAUCAAGAGGAUGUCGGAGAUUUUGUUGUAUAAGGCCAACGAAUGUAUUUCAAAGCUGACGCAAGCACAAGAAGGUGUCAGUUCAGAAUUACGUAGGUUGGAAACUGCCAAAGAGAAUUGUCUUGAUCAGAUCAAUGCGACAUUCCAGAAAGUUCAAGCGUUUUUGGACAAUAGGAAACAGGAAAUGAUCGAGGCGCUGAAUUCGACGUGUGCGGAGAAAAGGAGGGUUUUGGAAGAGCAGCAUUCGCUGAUUGAGUGCGAAAAGAAUAAGGUGGAACAGGAAUGCCAAGGCCUCCAAUACCAAGUAGAAGUCCGCAACAUAACCCAACGCAUCGAAAGCCUCACCGAGAAACUCGACGCCGCUUCAAACUUAGGCGAACCGCGCGAAAACGCUUUCCUCUCAUGCGAUUUCACUCAAAACAACUCUCUUGAAAUAAUCCAAGAACAACUAAACAUCCUAGGCCGCGUUCGCACCAGCACCACCUUCCCGAGCCUCUGUUCGGCCACAGUAGAGGGCGAUAUAAUCGCAGGUAUCGAAAGUAGCAUCACACUCAACACCGUUGACUACCACGGCAAUCAACGCAAAACUGGUGGAGACCCGAUCGAGGCCGAACUGCUCCCGGUCACACCCGAACAAAACAUAAACUCCGUCCCGUUGGAAGUGAUAGAUAAUGAAGACGGCACUUAUAUGAUAAAGUUUAGAGCGCCUAAAUCGGGACGAUAUGGUGUUAGAAUUUCGAUUUUUGAGCGCUCGAUCAAAGAUAGUCCGUUGUUUUUCGACGUUUCGGAACAUAACAACCCCGUCAUGGCUUACGGUUGCCAUGGGAGCGGUAAAGAUGAGUUCAUACAGCCGGUGGCUGUUGUGGUCGACGAGACGGAUCAGAGUGUUUACGUUCUGGAUACGGGCAAUUCGCGAAUCAAAGUUUUGAACGAAAAUCUUGAGUUUGUCAAACACAUUACGAACGAGGGAUUGCUUGGUCGGAGCUGUACCGGGAUAACAUUAUCAAGCAAUGGUUUGAUCGUUGUCAAUUGGAGGAAUAAGAGUAUUACGGAGAUGUCCAAAGAUGGGGAGACUAUUAAGACCUUUACCUAUAAUGCGUUCCAGGAGCCAAUUGAUGUGGCGGUUGAUAAAAAUUACGGGCAUAUUUUGGUUGCUGAUAAUGGGAUGAAUUGUGUGUUUGUAUUUGACGCAGAUGGGAAGAUUUUGUUUCAAGUGGGAAAGAAGGGAACGUUUUGUCAAAUUUCCUCGGUUACUGUUGGGCCCAAUAGUGAGAUUCUUGUCGCUGAUUAUAGGAUUCAAGUGUUUUCGGCGAAAGGAGAUUUUAUGGAAGUGAUAAGGGACGAGGGGAAAGGCAAAGGACGUUACGGAGGCGUCGCCAUCGAUUCCGAAGGUCGUAUUUUGACGAGUCGAUCCGAACAAAAGGGUAAAAACUACGUUCAAGUUUUGAGUCUCACAGACACUAACAUCAACAAUCACAUUGAUUCGCACGAGAGCAAAUUAAAAAGGCCCAGCGGUGUGGCGGUCACUGCAGGCAAUCAUGUCAUAGUCGUAGAUUUAGGGAAUAACUGUAUUAAAAAAUAUCGAUAUUGGUGAAAAUUUUACCAUCAUUAUACUCUCUCUAUUUUUUGACUGCAGUUUGCAGAUCUCAGUAGUCACGGAUUUGAACACAUUUUGUAUUUUGUUCCGUGUUGACAGGUCAGUCAUUGCUUAUCGCCACUAACUUAUCUUUAAGCGAAGUGUAUUCAAACGUUGCAGCGUUCGAUUAGUUUGUUAGUUGCUUCAAUUUUUUUUUCUACUUUUAUGAUAAACCUGAGGAGCGAGUUGAAGAAGGAAAAUGUUACUGGUUGUUAUAAAGUGAUGAAUUUUUACGCUGUUUUGCUGAAGCCGUGCACGAACUUGCAGACUUAAUAAAUUGUCUGUGCUUAUAAUGGUUUCACCCAGUUUUUGUACUUAAAUUAAAAGUAAUAUUUUAAUUUUUUGUACUGUUUUUGGAAGUAUACUUUUGUUUUCUAGUCAUUCAUUGCGCAUAUUUUUAUACUGUGUAGUACAAUUAUUUUGUACACAAUAAAUUUCUUGAUACAU